AAGAGAUAGAAUUGGAUAACUGUUACCAUGUUUUUAACCCGUACUGCGCUCAAAAUCCUCAGAAAUGAAGUUUACUAAGUUACAAUAUUUCGUCUAUUACCAGCCCAAAAUGGAUUACGACUGAAUCACAGUUUGUUCCCCGUUUGUGCCCAUGAUUUUAUGACAUAAAAGCUUUACCUUUUCAAGUACAAGAUAGGAAAGAACACAGAUGCGGCGGUCUUGAUCUGAGAUUUUCAUAAUUCUAUUUUCUCUUUCCACCCAGGAGAAGAGAGCUGUGCAAAUGACGGUGACUGAUCUUUGCUAAUUUUCAAGUCUUCACUAUGGAAUCUUUGACCACAUUAACACACGAGGUGCCUCAUCCAGAAAAUGUUGUGUGGGCUCCUCCUGCAUACGAUGAACAGCACCACUUGUUUUUUUCGCACGGGCCCGUCUUGAUUGGUAUCGUCGGGUCGUUGAUCAUUACUGUGGCAAUGGUAGGAAAUGUUCUUGUGUGCUUGGCAAUUUUCACAGAGCCUAUUCUCUCCCACAGCAGAAGCAACUUUUUUAUCGUGUCCCUGGCAGUUGCCGACUUACUGCUCGCUCUCCUGGUCAUGACGUUUGCCUUAGUCAACGACCUGUACGGUUACUGGUUGUUUGGAGAAACCGUCUGCUUCAUCUGGAUGUCUGCAGACGUGAUGUGCGAAACUGCGUCCAUCUUCAGUAUCUGUGCCAUUAGCUACGAUCGCUUGAAGCAAGUACAGAAGCCACUUCAUUAUGAGGAGUUCAUGACUACUACUCGGGCUCUUUUGAUAAUUGCUUGUUUGUGGAUUUGUUCAUUUGUCGGGUCUUUUGUACCAAUAUUUCUGGAAUGGCAUGAGCGAUCAGUGGAAGAAAUCAAAGCCAAUUUCAAAGGUAGCGGUUCGGACAAAGACCGAGUCAAGAAAAAAGCUGCUGAAGCACAGACGUUUUCGCCCACUUCAAAUCAAAGUUCGGGAGCCGUGCAAAAACUGAACACAAAACCCGAGUGUCUUUUCGAUGUACACUUCACCUGCUCGGUUAUCUAUUCCUUUAUUUGUUUUUAUAUCCCGUGCACAAUAAUGCUCACGAACUACUUCCGCCUGUUUUUAAUUGCCCGUAAACAUCGGCACCGGAUAAACAGCAUCAAACCCCAAGUGAAUGGCGGUGUACAACAGCCCAGAAGUCAAAGGACUAGCUUCAACCGGAAAUGUGGAGUGCGUGGCAGUAAAGCAGCCCGGACUCUCACGAUCAUCACAGGAACUUUCCUGGCGUGCUGGCUGCCCUUCUUCAUCAUCAACCCAAUUGCUGCAAUAGAUGAGCACCUCAUCCCAUUGGAAUAUUUCAUGGUGACCAUAUGGCUUGGCUAUUUCAAUUCUUGCGUCAAUCCCAUCAUUUAUGGGACUUCCAACUCUAAAUUCCGAGCUGCUUUCAAACGCCUUCUCGGUUGUCGUUCUGUUAGGGGAAAUGUUCGCGGCUUCUCCCCCCGCAGAUCUAUUUAUAGGGCGUUCUCGUGGAUACAGCCCAGCCGCUUAGACUUCACGCCAAGUCGACGCUGUAGUAGGACGGUUAGCUGUAGUUUCCACUCAGAUACACGAGAGGUGGACAAGAACAGCGAUGGAGGCAAUAGUGUCAAAGCUGAACCCUCAAAGUCCGAGGUCAUCAUAACUGAACAGGAAUCCUCAUAUAACUCCUCCUAAAAUGAGUCUAUGAAACAGUAGAAUAUGGAAAAUGGAUAGAAAAGUGACAACACUGGAUUUAGUUUCGUCCAACAGCAGUGAUUGAACAAUAGAUGUUGCUCGAUACUGUGCAAAAAACACCAACCUUAUGAAUAGAAUCACAAUAUAAGGUUUGUGACACAUAAUAACAACAUUUUUAAAGAUAUACUCGCCGGCAAAAGUAAUGCGAAGUCGCAUGACACAAGAAGAGGAGAGUAAAUUGAAGCAAUAUUUGUAUUAAGAGAAACAGGUUUGAGGUGUCUCAGUUUGCACAAAACAUUGCUUGAGAGUUGGGGGUUUGCUUAGGGGCAGAUUUUGUUAUUCGGCAUCAAUGACCUUGACCUUGGGGCUUUAGUUCCAGUCAGUAUCCAGUAUGGCCCCCAUUAGCGUUGAUGACACCAGUGCCUCGGGGGGUACAUAGAGUGGACCAAGCGAUUGAUUUGGCAGUCGGGGACCUGCACCCGCUCCUGAAAAAUAGCAGCACCCAGUAGUACAGCUGUCCGGGGUCUGGGCUGGAGUUGAUUGAGACGCCUCUGAAGGAUCCCAAAGGUGUUCUAUUGGGUUCACAUCUGGUGAUCGGGGUUGGUUAGGCAUGGUGGGCAUGUUGUUUUGUACCAGGAACUGCUGGGUAGCACGUGCUGUAUGAGGCCGGGCAUAUCCUGCUGAAAGAGAUGGUUUUGAUGUCGCUGGAAAAAUGGAGCAACAUGGGGCUGCAGGACUUGAUUGAUGUAGCCCUGCGCCGUCAUUCCGUUGUCACAUCCAGGUCCUAAAUGUUGGAAUAUUAUGGAACCCAGUCUUUGACUGAUACCGAUUGCGCCCCAUAUCAUCACGCUUUGACCUCACCCACGGGUCUCUCUCCCAGAUGUUCUCGUCAGAGUAGCGUUGUCCGGAGAGGGCCAAAUUCGGACCCGUCUAUUGUCAGAAUCGAUGCAGAAGCGACUCUCGUCACUGAAGAUCACACAAUGCCACUGUCGAUGAGGCCAGUUAACGGGGUUCUGAGCCCACUGGAGACAAGCUCGUCGAUGAUGGACGUUCAGGGAUGCUCUCUGCUCCGGACCACGACAAUGCAGCCCCUGGCCACAAGUCGGCGGCGUAUGGUGCGGUCACUCACGACUCUAUCGUGCGUUCCUAUGGUGUUCUGGGCUGUCUCGGAGGCAGACAACCGUGGAUCUCGGCGAUGCUGACGCACGACGAAGCGGUCUUAGGCAGCUGUUGUCAGCUGAGGUCUUCUGCUUCUUUGGAGAUCUCUCGUGGAGUUGGUUGCCUGGAAUCUGUUUUACGGGCGGUAGAUAGUGCUGCUGCUGGCAUGCACUCGUAGGACUGUAGUCACUUGCUGAGGGCUCGUGCCGGCUUGCAGACAUCCAAUAGCUCUUUCUCGAUUUUCCCGUACCAAAAACUCUCUGGUCGUACUUUGUAACACUCAAUCCCAGACCAAUUUAACAUGUGAGCAAGAAUUCACGACUCAAUUCACGUUUUAAUUGCAUACCACUGAGAGGGUUACUUUGUUGUAUUGUUUGAUGCAUAAUGAGCGGCCAAUGAGCAUGUUGUGUUUUUUAAAUGGAGCCAAUCCAAUAACAAGAACACAUUGCGAAUAGAGACAAAUGAAAACAACUCACGAAAAUACUCAGUUUUGUUUUCUACACAUGGUGUUACUUUUUCGCGUUAUUUAUGCGGGUCAGUAUAUAAUAAUAUUAUUAAAUGUCCCCUACACGAAUGUUUGAUUUAAAAAAGCAACAAAAAACAAACAAACAACCAAACAACAAAGCAAACAAGAAAAAAAAAAUAGGGUAAAAAGAAGAAUACAACAAAAGACAAUGCUCACAGUGAGCAGACCUUGAAAUAAAACCUUAAUACAUUUCUGUUUGCAGGGUAACAACACCGUUUUAAGAUAAACAAGUCGAAUAGUGACUCCUCUCUUCCCCCCCCCCC